CCAAAACCCAAAAGAAUUCUCCUAUUUUGAAGAUGCCGCAAAAUAUAUGAUGGGGUGGUCUAUACUUAGGGUUCAUGCUCGCCUCUCUAAAACCCUUGCAAUACCCCCUCCUCAGUCCUUCCCCCUCCUCUCACAGUCUUCCUCUUUUUCUCUCAAGAAAAGGUAAAAAUUUGAGGCUUGAGAAAUGUUGGUUUUAUUUGAAACUCCUGCGGGUUUUGCCCUGUUUAAAGUAUUAGAUGAAGGAAAGCUUUCUCAAAUUGAGGAUUUGUGGAAAGAGUUUACUUCUGUUGAUUCAGCCAGAAAGGUAGUAAAGUUGAAAGCAUUCGACAAGUUUGAAAAUACAGCAGAAGCUUUAUCAGCAGCUACUUUAUUGAUAGACAGCAAACCUAGCAAAGGACUCAGAAAAUUUUUGAAAGCACACUGCAAGGGUGAAACAUUAGCUGUUGCUGAUUCUAAACUUGGAAAUGCAAUUAAGGAGAAAUUGCAAAUUGAGUGUGUUCACAAUAAUUCUGUGAUGGAGCUGAUGAGAGGGGUGAGAAGUCAGUUGAGUGAGCUCAUUUCUGGCCUUGGAGCUCAAGAUUUGGCUCCAAUGAGCUUGGGUUUAUCUCAUAGCUUGUCGAGAUAUAAAUUAAAGUUCAGUCCUGAAAAGGUAGAUACCAUGAUCAUUCAAGCCAUUGGGUUGUUGGAUGACCUUGACAAAGAGCUUAAUACUUAUGCAAUGAGAGUUCGUGAAUGGUAUGGCUGGCAUUUUCCUGAGCUUGCAAAGAUUGUACAAGACAAUAUACUGUAUGCUAAGGCUGUGAAGUUGAUGGGAAAUCGUGUUAAUGCUGCAAAGCUGGACUUCUCUGAGGUAUUGCCUGAGGAGGUUGAGACAGGGCUUAAAGAGGCUGCCAUGAUCUCCAUGGGAACUGAAGUCAGCGAUCUUGAUUUGCUGAAUAUCAAGGAACUCUGUGAUCAAGUUUUGUCUCUAGCAGAAUACAGAGCUCAGUUGUAUGAUUAUCUGAAAAGCAGAAUGAACACAAUUGCUCCAAAUUUGACUGCUCUUGUGGGUGAACUUGUUGGUGCUCGUCUAAUUGCUCAUGGUGGAAGUUUAAUAAACCUUGCAAAGCAGCCUGGGAGCACAGUACAAAUUCUUGGGGCAGAGAAGGCUCUUUUCAGAGCCUUGAAAACAAAGCAUGCAACCCCUAAAUAUGGGCUUAUCUAUCACGCUUCCUUGAUUGGGCAGGCUGCCCCUAAACACAAGGGGAAAAUAUCUCGUUCCCUUGCAGCGAAAACUGCACUAGCAAUUCGUUAUGAUGCUCUUGGGGAUAACCCAGAUAACACUAUGGGUCUUGAAAAUCGUGCCAAGCUUGAAGCCCGUCUAAGAAACCUUGAAGGUAAAGAAUUGGGUCGGUCUGCUGGGUCAGCUAAGGGAAAACCACAAAUAGAAGUCUAUGACAAAGAUCAUAAAAAGGGAGCAGGAGCACUAAUUACCGCUGCGAAGACUUACAAUCCUGCUGCUGAUUCCAUCCUUGGUAAGAAGGAUGGCAGUUUGAUGCGAAUUGAAAGCAAUGUUGAUUUGGAAGAGGAAACAAAAAAGGCAAAGAAAGAAAAGAAGGAGAAAAAGAAGGGUUCUGUUGUGGAAAAUGGUGUAGCUAAUGGCGGGGAUGAAAAUGUGGAACCUGAAGAUGAAAAGACAGCAAAGAAAGAGAAGAAGAAAAAGAAGCAGCUUGCUGAAAAUGGAGAUAAAAUUGAAGAACCAGAAGCGGGCAAAAAGGAGAAAAAGAAGAAGAAGCAGGCUGAGACUGAGGAUAACGAGGAAGCAGGAGUGAAGGAUAAGAAAAAGAAAAGAAAGCAUGCAGAUGCUGAUGAGGAAGCUGAACCUGUGAGUGAGAAGAAGGAAAAGAAAAAGAAGAAAAAGUAGAGGUAGUUGUGGUGAAUUCGGGCAAAUCUAACAGUUUUGGCCAUCUUCAGCAAUGGGAUGAUAUUUUUCCUCUGUAAAAUUUGCUGUUUGCAUUAUGUUAUAGGAUUAUUCCUUGUUAGAGUUAGUCUUAGCUAUGUUCUCCGUCAUGUAUGUGCCAGAAUGUUUGUUAAAGGACCAUAGCAGCAAAUCUUUGUCUGAGAUAUGAUACGCAUGUGAUUCUCGCCAUUGUCACGAAUUUAUAGCUGAGUUUUGGUGUUUUGCUUUUGAA